GAUUCGCAAGUCCUACAGACUUCAAGGUAGGUGGAAACGCUUAUGGAGAAAUAAACAAGACAUUGAAUGAAGCGAUGGUGGAGGCAGCGAAAUCAGGGCCUGCAGGUACCAAGAAAUUUGCAACAAAAGAAGCAAUCUUUAGUUGGGAAUUGCUGUACACUCUUGUACAGCGCACGCCGGAUCUGUCCCCGCAAUUCUGUAGAGUGUCUAUAUGGCAUCAUGAAACUUAUUCCAAAUGAAAAUACCACACGCAGAGGAAGAAUUCGGAAUCCGAGCUGCUGUUUGAGAGUCGGAACAGAACGAUUUUAUCACAAGGGCAAACUGCCUCCCACCGGCGGUUCUGCCUCCGAAGUUAACGUCAUAAGAAGAGCUUGGAAGUUCUAGUUGAUGAGUAUAGAAUGUGCUCCCCAGUUAUAUAGGCGGCAACUGCUCGAUCAGCAAAGCCAACGAUCCCU